AUGGACGAGUCUACCGUCAGACGCCAGUUGUCCGGGUUGCAAGGGGGACAGAGCAAAGAGAUUAUCUUCAAUGAGAUAUCGCGGGGUAGCGUCGACCUGGUCCACCAGGUAGCGCAGGAGCUGCAGCUGUACAGCAAGACGUAUGGGAAGGGGAGAAGUACGGUGGUCGCCGUGAGCAAGACUCCUCUGCCCAACUAUCGUCCUGAUCUCGACAAGAGGCUCGAGAAGAAGACGCAAGUGCAGAGUGUGGACAUGUCGAACAGAGCCAAGGCGUCAGUGGAGAGAGCCCUUCAGCAGAUCUCGACCGCAGGGCCGGAGAACAUCCGAGACGACGCAGGAGAAGAGGACGACGGCGCGUGGGAUGAUGACGGUGAAUAUGACUUUGACAAGCAAGGAGGAGGUUCUACCGCAUGUUCGGAGGUGCCGUCGUCACAGGUCCGCAAGGUGGAGGGCAGCCGCGAGCCCGUCAACGACCCUGCCGUCAACAACAAGCUGAGAGAGGAGCUCGAGGCGCGGAGCUCGAGGUCGGACAUGAAGAAGAUGAUGGAGGGGAGGAAGCGGCUUCCGUCCUUCUCCAUGAGAGAGGAGGUGCUGUCCGUGAUCCGAUCGUCCCGCGUCGUCGUCGUGAGCGGUGAGACUGGCUGCGGGAAGACGACGCAGGUGCCUCAGUUCAUCCUCGACGAUAUGGACGCCCAAGGGCUGGGAUCGCAAUGCAAUAUCAUCUGCACUCAACCUCGCCGCAUCUCCGCCAUAUCGGUCGCUGACAGGGUGGCAAACGAGAGGUGCGAGACGUUGGGGGACACGGUGGGCUAUCAGAUCAGACUGGAAGUGAAACGAUCCGAGCGAACGAGGCUCUUGUUCUGCACGACGGGGGUGCUGCUGCGACGGCUGGUGGUCGACCCAGAGCUCUCGGGGGUCUCGCACGUGAUAGUCGACGAGAUCCACGAGCGAGGGAUCAACGAAGAUUUCAUCCUCAUCAUCCUCAAGGACCUGCUGCGCGCCAACCCCUCCCUCAAGAUCGUCCUGAUGAGCGCGACGCUGAACGCUCAGCACUUCCAAGAGUACUUCUCGGGCUGUCCCCUCCUCCACAUCCCCGGCUUCACGUUCCCGGAGGAGGAGUUGUCGACGAGGUAUGCCAAGUACUCGAACCGGACGAAGCAAAACCUGCUGAACUGGGACCCGGACAAGACGGACCUUGACGUCGUCUUGUCUACCCUCGAAUUCAUCUGUGAGGGACAGAGAGACGGUGCCGUCCUCGUCUUCCUCACUGGAUGGGACGAGAUCUCGAAGCUGCUGGACAAGUCUAAAGAAAGUCGCAUCCUCGGAGACAGCAGGAGGGUCCGCGUGCUUCCCCUCCAUGGCUCCAUGCCAACUGUCAACCAGCGCGAAAUCUUCGAUCGUCCUCCUCCAGGAAUCCGCAAGGUGAUCUUAUCGACCAACAUUGCUGAGACUUCAAUUACAAUCGACGACAUUGUCUUCGUUGUUGACACAGGGAAAGUCAAGCAGGACGGAGUUUGUUACAAGCUAUAUCCCAGCUCUGUGCAUGAGAAGAUGGAGGAAUAUCAAGUUCCUGAGAUCCUUCGAACCCCGCUGGAGGAGCUCUGCUUGCAGAUCAAGGCCUUGUCCCUCGGAUUCAUUGAGAGCUUCUUGCUCAAGGCCAUGAACCCUCCUGACAAGGCGUUCGAAGAAUGGAGGAAAACGCCUCCGAACAUGCGAAUGGAAUUCUGCAGGAGGAAUUUCUUGUCGGGCAAGACGCUGGAGAUGAUAUCAGAUAUGCGCAAACAAUUCGCCGACCUCCUGCGGGAUAUCGGGUUUCUGGAGCAGGAGAGCUGGGAAGGUGACAGCAGCUCUGUCCUCUUUGCUCCCCACUGGCAACCUUCCCUGCUCCUCCUCCUCCCGUGA